AAUACUUUUAUACCACCUCCGCCACAUGACUGGCCUGGGGGAGCCGCACCCGGCCACCCAGGCCACGGGCACCAGCACCCCAAGGGUGUUGGUGCCGUGGCCCUCCAGGGGCUGGCUGGGGCGGUCCGGGUGCCGUGGCUGGUGCUGAGUACAGUGGUGUCAGGAAGCCCUGAGUCCAUCUAGAUGACCCUCGGGACCAUGAACCAUGACGCGGACAAAGGGGAUCUCAUACAGCUAGAGCCUCUGGUGCAUCAGGUGGGUGGCCACUCCUCUAUGUUUGUCCUGGACGAUGUCACAGUAUGCAAGCCUCUCAUUGGGCGGGAGUACAUGUUUUACCGCACUCUCCCGCCUGAGGUGAAGCAGUACACCCCAGAGUUCCAUGGCACCUUGCAGGUAGUCCUUCAGGAGGCUCAGGAUGGCCUUACCUUGGCAGCCCUUCCCAACAAACACAUACCUGUCCCUCGAGGCACUCAUGGGGCCUACCAGCAUGGGCGGUGUUUACGCCGAGUGAGCUCGAGUAGUGUAGAACUGGAGAGUGAAGGAGAGGAGGAGUCACCUUGUAGUCCACAGGACUCUUCAGACCUCUCCUCCAGAUCCUCCACAAGAACCACCACCACUUCUCUGGCCUCUCUACCUCCUGACACCCACAACCCAUGGCUACAGCAGUGCCACCAAACAACAUUACAUAAGCUAAAGCAGAAAUCUGAUUCCUCCAAUGUUGUAGAAUGCAUAAUGCUGGAGAACCUUACCCACAAGUUCCGAUACCCUUGUGUACUGGAUCUGAAGAUGGGCACCAGACAGUAUGGUGAUGAUGCUCCUGAAAGCAAACGCAAAAGUCAAACUGCCAAGGCUGCCAAUACUACCACCAUUACCCUGGGUGUAAGACUGGCAGGGAUGCAGGUUUACAAUAAAGAGGAAAAAGGAUACCACUGCAAGAACAAGUACUAUGGCCAACAACUUACAGAGGAGGGUUUUAAGGAGACCCUUCUUCAUUUUCUUCACAAUGGACAUGGGCUUCGCCUUGAUAUCGCAGAUUUGAUUAUCUCAAGAUUAGAAGAACUUAGUUCUAUAAUAUCAAAAUUAGACUCUGUACGAUUCUUUACCUCAUCAUUACUAAUUCUUUAUGAUGGAUUUGAUCCUUGUGUAUCAAACCAAGUAGACACCAAAACUGAAAGAAAGAGAGAGGCCUCAGAUGCCAGCAGACUAAACUGGUGGCCAGACCCACAGGGUGAAGGCCCCAGCUUGCCUCAAGACAAAUGGUCCCCCAAAGAUUCCUGCACCUCCAGCAUCAAGGUGACUCAUCCAGCUUAUAUUAAUGAGCUGCCCAGUACAGGAGGUGGGAAAACCUCAAGGGAGCAGGUGAGCAGAUGUGAAGCUGAUGCUCCAUAUAAAUCUAAGGGCAGACACAGAAAUAGAAAUUACCGGAUACCAAUUGACAUUCGGCUAAUAGAUUUUGCCCAUGCUACUCACAAAGGGAUGGGUGACUCAAAAUUAUAUAGUGGGCCAGAUGAGGGUAUUCUGUUGGGCCUAAACAGUCUCGUCAAAAUUUUUACAGAUAUCAGAGACAGAUACAAGCACUGACUUGUAAGCAAAUCCCAUGUUCCUGCCUCACUGU